AUGACUUCAAAAGUGUUAACUAAUAAGAAAAAUGAUUUGCACAGUGAAUACGAAAAUUGCUUCGAUAUCUUGUUAAAAAAAAAUGAUAUAAAAAAUGUCGAUUUUUCAUCAAAAGUAAAUAAAGAUAAUUCCUACAUUCAUUUUUUAAAGGAUGAUAAAUAUUUCGAUAAUAAAAAAUUUGAAACAGUAAAAAUAAAAGAAAAGAAAAAUGAUAAAGGAAAUGCUUCCUGUUCAAUACAAAGACAAUCAAAAAAAAAUGAUAAGAAUAUUGGCAUUGUAACGAAAAAAUUUAAAGAGAAUAACAUUAAAAAUGAAGAAAUAAAAAAUUGCACAAAUAAUAUUUCUAAAAAUUAUUCUUCCCUCAAUAAAGCAAAAAAUAAAUCAAGAAAUAUUUCGCAAAAUGUAUGGGAAGGGAAUGUUAUAUAUAACAUACGAAAAGAAAAAGAUAAAUACACAAUAAUUAAAAAAGAGACAGUGGAUGAAAGAAAUCAAUAUGAAACAAAGAAAAAAAACAAAAAUAAUAUACAAAAAGAUAAAUAUGAAAAUAGUAAACAAGAGUUAAAAAAUGAUAAAACUGAUAAAUAUAGAAAAAAUACGAUAAAAAACGAAAUAAAACUUGGAAAUAGUUUCUAUAAAAAUAUGAAAAACAAUAAUUUUGAAGAAUAUAAAUAUGAAUCUUUUUAUGAAAACAGAAAAAAAAAAAAUACAGAAAAAUCAGGAAACAAUGAAAAUCUAAAUGUUGAAAAUAUUAAGAGAACUGACAUAUUCCUUAAUUUUGAAUAUAAUAAAAAUUUAGAUAAUAAGUAUUCUAUGAGUAAUGAAAAAAAUAUAGAACAUUAUUUUUUGUCUUAUCUACCAAAUAAAAUAAACAACAAUAAUAACUAUAUACAAAAUAAAGAAUCUUUAAAUAGUAAUCAACAAAUUAAUAUAAAAAAUAAUAAUAAUAGCUGUUUAAAUAUGAAUAAAUCUUUAAUAAUGAACUCUUUAAUAAAUGAUAUAAAAAAUUACACAAAUUAUGAAUACGUAGUAGAAAAAAAAUUAUGCUAUAAUUGUUUUAUUUCAAAAAAUAAAGAACAUUUUAAUAAUUCUAGUAGAUAUAUGUUUAUUGAUAAAUACAUGAAACUUAUAAAAAACAAAAAAGAAAAUAAUGAAUACAUUAAUAACUCUUUUACUUUUACAUAUGGUUUUUAUUGUAAAAAAGGAAAAUAUCAUGAAAAUGAAGAGACUGCUUCACAUGCAUUAUUUAGUUCAUAUCAAAUUUUAAAUGAAAUAAAAAAUCUUUUUAAUUAUGUGAGUAAGAAAAAAAAAUAUAAUUUUUUUGAAGAAUUGUAUGAGAUAUUUAACUUAAACUCAUCAUUUGCCAACAAAAACAAAAGUGAUUAUAAUAUAAUGAAUUCAUAUAUGAAUAAAGAAAAUAAUAUGAAAAACAUAAAACAUGAUUUAAUUAAUAAUUAUAAUGAAGAAAUUCCCAAAGUUUAUGUAAAAUUUUCGUUACCUUCAUAUUCUGUAAAUGAAAAUUUAAAAGAAGAUUCAAAAAGCAGUUAUCAUAUUAUUUAUAAUUGUUUCUUUCCUGAAAAGAAUAAUAAUUUCGCAAAAAAAAACUUCAAUAAUAAUAAUAAAAGAAAUAAGGAAAAUAAAAGAAAAUCUAAUGAUAUGAAUAUACAAUAUGAAUUAGAUAAUGUAAAUUAUAACAUAAGGAAAGAUAACAACUUAAUGGAAAACAAUGAGGAAAAAGUUUAUUAUACUCAUCAAAAUAUUAAGGUAUUGCAAGAUUUCAAUUUUAUAUGCAAAUUGUGUAAAAAAAGUCAAGGUAUAAAUAAAGAAAAAAAAUUUGAAAUAUCAUAUUUCAAUUAUUUAUUUAAUGUUUCUGAUAAUAUAAAAAAAAAAAAAAAAAUUAAUGAAAUGUUUUACUUUUUAAAUGAUACUAAUAACUCUAGUGAUUCAGCUGAGUAUAAUUAUUUAAAUUAUUCGAAUAAAUAUUUAUAUAAAAAUCAUCAAGAAAAACACUGUACUAUUAAUAAUAUUAAUAGAAGUUAUAAUCAUAUUAAUUAUAAUAAUAGUAGCAUUAAUAAAUUUAAUAAUAAUGAUGAUGGUGUGAAUAAUAAUAUUAAUCCUUUAAUCAUAAAUAAAGAUAAAGGAAGUUAUUUCGAGUAUAUAAAUCAAACAAAAAACAAGAAAAAAAAUAAUUUUUUUUUAAGUGAAAAAAUAAUAGAAAAAUCUACUUUAAAUGAUUAUUUAAUUAACUGUAAAACUUGUAGAUACCUUCACAAAUAUGAUAAUUUACCCAAUGAUUAUUUAUUUAAUUUUUGUAGGGAUAAUUAUGAUUUAAAAUAUCCAUUUCUUCUUAAUUUAUCGAAAAAAAAUGCACAUAAAAUCUUCGAUAAUUAUGAGGAAAAAAAUAAUGAACAUUUGAAAAGUUAUAUUAUAAAUCAACUGCAAAUAAAUAACUAUGAAAAAGGAGUAAAAAGUAAAGAAAAUGCCUCAAAAAAUUACUUAUUAUCAUAUUCAGAUUUGGAGAGUUAUGAAAAUGACAAAAAGACAAUAAAUAUAGAAGAUGAAAAGAAAAAAACAAAAAAGAAAAAAUAUGUUAAUACUAAAUAUAGGAGUAAAUCAUGUACAGAAAAUUUUUUUUUAAAUUUAAAGAGAGAAAAUAAUUUUAUUUAUUUAAGAGAGAAAAUAAAACCGAUAAUCAAAAAAUAUAUAGUUUAUACGAAAAGACAACUUUUUCAAGAGUAUUAUGAAAAUUUGAAUAAAACUAAAAAUGGAAAAAAUUUAGAAAACAAUAAAAACUUAGAAGUUAACAAUCCAAGAAAUGUAAACUUAAAUAUCAAACAUUUACAUAAUGAGUUUGAUAUGCAUUUAUUUACGAUAUGCGAUGGCCAUAGUGAUUCACAUACGUCUCUUUUUUUAAUUCAUAAUGUUCACAAAAUAUUUUAUUUUCUUUUAAUUCAUACUUUUUUUAAUAUUCAUUUUACUUUUAAAUUAUUAUAUCCAUUAUUAGACUUGUUAUAUUACAAAACUUGUGUUGAACUUAAUUUAAAUAAAUGCUGUGGUUCUUGCAUUAUAAAUAUACUUAUAAAAAAUAAUUAUAUUUACGUAAGUAAUAUUGGAGAUAGUAAAUGUGCUUUGUUAACCUUCGAUUUAGAUAAAUUUGAAUACAAAGAAAAUAAAAGGAAUCCAAUAAAGAAAAAAAAAAAAAAAAAAUGUAAUACAAUUAAUGAGAAAAAUAGUUCGAAUAAAGAUAAUUCUAAUAGUGAAAUAGAAAAUAAAUCAUAUUAUGAUUCUUAUGUAAUUAAUUUAAAUUCAUUAUCAUAUAAUGAAUUAAAUGCUGAACAUAACUGCAAUAACUAUUUAGAAUAUUUAAGAAUGUAUAAAUUAUAUUAUUAUAAUAAUUUUAAACAUGAUCGCAAUUAUAAUAGUAGCCACAUAAACACAAGAAGUUAUAAUAAUAAUAAUGAAAUAUAUAAUAAUGGUAAUGGUAAUAACAAAAAAAAUGAAAGUGGUGAUAGUGAUAACAAACAAAGCGAAAGUAGUGAUGAUAAUAAUAUAAAAAACAAAAAAGGAAUAAAAAAAAAAAAAGAAAAAAAGUAUAUCAAACUAGAUAAAGAGUUAAACAAAAAAAUAAUAAAAAUUAAUAAUUUUAUUUUAAAUGAAGAAAAACAGAUAAAUAUAGGAAACUUUUCAUCUGAUCUAAUAAAAUUUAAUAGAUUAGAUGGAUGCUUACAUCCUUCAAGAGUUAUUGGUGAUUAUGAUGUCAAAAAGAAAUAUAAUGGAUUAAAUAUUUUAUCAAAUGUUCCUAAUAUAUACAAAUAUAAUAUGAAUAAUAUUAAUUACUUUAAUAAUAUUCAUUACAUUUACAAAAGUAUAAAUUGUAAUACAUGUAAUAAAAAUUAUGUUUUAAGUAGCUAUGGUAAGAUAAACUCUAUCAAUAAUAUUGUUCUUUUAAAUAAUAAGAAAAAAAAAUUUCAUAAUAAUAAAAUAAAAAUUUCUAAUAUGAGGCAUUUACUAAAUUCAACAAAUUCUUAUGAUAAUAUGAAUUCCCAUAAUUAUAAAACCUUUGAUAAAAAUCUGAAUUCAUCAAAAAAAUUAAAAGGAAAUGAUAACCAUACAGAAAAAUAUAAAAAUAAAGAAUCCAUUCAACAAUUUUUCAAAGUUCAUAGAGAAAAUGUCAGCACUGAUAAUACUAUAGGAUCUCAAAAUAAAAAAGAAAAAUUAAAUUUAUAUUUGAAUGAACAAUUCGUUCCUUAUAUAAAUAUUAAAAACUCGAAUUUAAAUAAAAAUUACAUAUAUAGAAUUGAUAAAAAAAAUUUUUUUCAUUUGCUAAUUAUUGCCUCUGACGGAGUAUUUGAAUUUAUUAAUCCUCAAUUCAUAUUAAAUAUAUUAAUAAAAAAUAAAUCUAUUUAUAAAAAAAUUCAAAAAAUUUACAAAAUAUAUAAUACUUUUACACCUGAUUUAAACUCCAAGAAUGAUAUAAAUUUAUUAUUGCAUAAAUACAUGAUAACAAAAAAAGAAUCUAUUAAAUUGGCAAAAGAUAUAGUUAAAAGUACUAUAACUAAAGGAAAUUUUGAUGAUAGCACAUGCUUUUGCAUCUUUUUAUUUCCUACAUUGUUUUAUCCACUUUAA